ACAGAGCAUCACUCUCUCUGCCAGCACUCUGACAUCCUCUGCAGCGGUGUAGGCCAGUGACCACCAUGAACACCAACACACUUCUGCUCCUCUCUCUGGUGGUCUGUGCAACCUCUGCAAUGAGCAUUAUGGGCGGCACCACGCGCUGUCUGUGCCAAAGCUUUCGGGACGACCUGCCCCGCCGGCCCGUGAAACGCCUGGAGAUCCUCCCGCCGUCCAACUCCUGCGACCAGAUGGAGAUCAUUCUGCACCUGCACAGUGGAACCCGGUUCUGUCUGAACCCAGAGGCAGAGAAGAUCAUCGAGGUGCUGAAAAAGCUCAGAUCGAAGAAAGCCGCUUCUCAGAAGCCAUGACAACCCUCCGAUCAGACUCCUUCCUAAGCUAGUCUCCUCCUACUCUGAACUGCAACUUCCUGCUAUACGUAUAUAGCAUAUAUAAAUAUGUACAUUGUAAAUGUAUUGUUGCUUAUUUUUAAUUUAUUCAUGGUCUUUGUGUUAAAUGCUUUGUAUAAUAAAUUACAUUUCCGAGAAAAAA